GGCGCGUCCUCUCCCCGGAGGCGGGCGGAGGGCGGACCGGCCGGGGCUCACGUCGACGGCCGCGCCGCCCGCGGUGGGAAGGGCCUUAUAAAGCCGCCGCCUGACCGGCCCAGCUGACUCGUCGCCGCGCUUUGCCGAGAGUGCGCGUGGAGGCCGGGGCCAGACCCCGACGGACGCCGGGGUCGGACAGCCAGCGGACGGACGCCGGCUCCGGACAGCCCCCGGCAGAGCCCGGCCCGCCCGGAGGCGCCUCCUGCCGGCGGGCGGCGGGGGCGGAGGGCUCCCCCCGGCGGGGGCAUGCGCGGCCCCCGGCAUGGCCUCGGCCGUGUUUGAGGGCACGUCGCUCGUGAACAUGUUCGUGCGCGGCUGCUGGGUGAACGGCAUCCGCAGGCUCAUCGUCAGCCGGCGCGGCGACGAGGAGGAGUUCUUCGAGAUCCGCACCGAGUGGUCGGACCGCAGCGUGCUCUACCUGCACCGCAGCUUCGCCGACCUGGGCCGCCUGUGGCAGCGCCUCCGCGACGCCUUCCCCGAGGACCGGCCCGAGCUGGCGCGCGCGCCGCUGCGGCAAGGACUGGUUGCCAUAAAGGAGGCCCACGAUAUAGAGACCAGGCUGAAUGAGGUGGAGAAGCUGCUGAAGACCGUCAUCAGCAUGCCAUGUAAGUAUUCUAGGUCAGAAGUUGUGCUCACCUUCUUUGAAAGAUCUCCUCUGGAUCAGGUGUUAAAAAAUGACAAUGUACAUAAAAUUCAACCCAGCUUUCAAAGUCCAGUGAAAAUAUCAGAAAUCAUGAGGUCCAAUGGAUUUUGUUUAGCAAAUACGGAAACAAUCGUUAUCGACCACAGUAUACCAAACGGAAAAGACCAGCACCUGGGUGUGGACCCGCCGGAACACCUGUUUGAGAAUGGCGGUGAGUUUACCUCAGAGCUGGAGGAUGGCGAUGACCCAGCAGCUUAUGUCACCAACCUGUCCUACUACCACCUGGUCCCCUUCGAGACGGACAUUUUGGACUGAGUCUCCGUUGGGCCCCCACCUCCCCAGCCCUUGACUGCUGGUUCUGCUGCAGUCCACUGCACUGGCCCCAGCGGCCAAAGCCGCUGCCCCAGGCCUGCGUCAGGCGGUGCCUGCAGUGAACGAGCUGGCUCUGCUCCCAGGCCCCACCCAGCAGCCGCAGCCGGAGGCCCGGGUGUCCUGCGAGCGGAGCACGGGGUUUACCCGGGUCAAGCUGACCCCAAGGUCUCCAGCAGCCAGGAUCAGGUCACUGGAGUCCCACGCAGCCUGCUGUUUCACUGGGGGCUUCUCUCCAUGGGGCACCACCAGCCCGUUUCUGCCUUCCUGAGACGCUUCCCACCUCGUGUGGGAGAGCCACAAGUGCCUGCAGGACCCCCAGGGCCUCCCUGGGUUCCUCCUUCGCUGUUACUGUUUCUUGGGGAGGAAGCUUCCUCUUGGCAUGGUGGCCCCGGGCCGCCCGGCACCCUCCCUCCCCACCGCUCCCUCACACAAGUGCACAAAACAUGUCUGGGGAGAUUUGGAUGCGUCGUCAAGUUCUGGACGGCAUAGACAGGGUAGUUAGGUGAUCCAGGAUUUCCCUGGGAACCAGCACAUGGGGCUUUCAUUUCUGUUUUUCAUCUUCUAUCUGGAAACUGUGGGCUUUGUGUCAGCCGAAGGGGGUGUUUACAGAAGGUUGAUUGUGAAUGGGGAGUUGGACUAUGGGGUCAGGGGAGAUCACUGAGGUCGGGGGCCCAUUGAGCCUGGACUGAGGUAAUGAUUCUCUUCAAGAGGAGAAUUCCUGCCUGGCCUGCCAGCGUCCCUUUAGCCUCCAGUGAGGGGAACAGCACUGUGACCCACCCGGGCCAUCUGAGGUUCCGCUCUUGUGCUCUUCAGCAAGCUUCACUGACGUGAUGGCCAUAUGGACCUGAAAGGAUGGGUCAGGAGGGAAGCCGGAGUCUUCCUCAGUCUCUCUUUGUCCUGGGGGAGGGUCUGAGCUCUGCCUGCUUAUCUUCUUCCCAUGUCUACUAACGACCCGCAUUUGCUAGUGUAAAUAAUGGUAAAUUAUUGAGAAUCGUAAUUCUCUUACACAGUCUGUUUUUUAAUCUAUUUUAAUUAAAUAAAAUACAUUACUCUACUUUUA